AUGAUGAAGCUGAAACCUCCCCGGCCCCCGUUAGACACUGAAAGGCAGACUGCCUGCAGACUGCCCGCGUUGUUCAGAGGCAUCCAGAAGAGCAGGCGGCCGCACGGGGCUCUGCCCGCCGCGCCGGGGCUCUGCCCGCAGCUCCCGCCCCUCUCUCCUCAGGGAUCGGCCAAGCUGGAGAAAGCCGAGAUCCUGCAGAUGACCGUGGAUCACCUGAAGAUGCUGCACACGGCCGGAGGGAAAGGUUAUUUCGAUGCUCAUGCUUUGGCUAUGGACUACCGGAGUCUCGGGUUCCGAGAGUGCCUGGCUGAAGUUGCUCGAUACCUGAGCAUUAUAGAAGGCCUGGAUGCCUCUGACCCGCUGCGGGUCCGACUCGUGUCUCACCUCAAUAACUACGCCUCUCAGCGGGAAGCAGCGAGCGGUGCGCAUGCUGGCAUUGGACACAUUCAUUGGGGCAACGCCUUUGGACAUCAUCCUCACAUAUCUCACCCAUUGCUGCUGCCUCAGAACGGGCCCGGCAAUACCAGUACUCCAGCGUCUUCCUCAGAACCGCAUCACCAGGGCAGAAUUGCCGCCUCACACGCUGAAACUUCCUCACUCAGAGUGCCCCCAAAUGGCAGCGUCGGACCAGUGCUCCCCGUGGUCACAUCUACUACCAAACUGUCUCCUCCUCUUCUCUCCUCCAUGGCGUCGCUGUCUGCGUUCCCCUUUUCGUUUGGCUCGUUCCAUCUACUGUCCCCCAAUAUGCUGAGCCCGUCUGCACCAACACAAUCAGCAAACCUCGGCAAACCAUACAGACCAUGGGGGACUGAGAUUGGAGCCUUCUAAGAACUAACUCUUUAGUAAGGGUGGGGAAGCCUGCAAACCUAGCUGAGCUGGGUUAUGCCACUCUUAACACUGAAGUUCUUAAUAACUGGGACAAAGGUACAACUUCACCUUAACUAAAUUUGUCUAGAAACUGUCUCUCUGGAUUUUUUUCUGUUUCGUUUUGUUGUUGUUUUCUACAUUUUUGUA